GUGGCUGCGGCUGCCGCUACAAGAUGGCGGCGUGUGGACGUGGGAGUCUGGUGUUGGCAGGGGCAGCUUGGGACUGGAGAUGGAUGCGGGCCUCGUAUUGUCUGCUGGCGGCGGCAGCGGCCCUCACUCUCCUGCUCCCGUGUCACUGUGGGGCGCAGGGAGGACCGGAUCGCGGCCGCAGUCGGGACGCGUUGGCUAUGCACAACCAGCCGCAGGAUGGCGUCCCCGCGGGCCAGGUCGACGUCCAGGGUCUGCCCCAAGCUCAGUUCCAGGCCCGUCCGCAGGGCCAGGCCCAGGCCCAGGCCCAAUUCCAGGCCCCGCGGAAGAACGUCUGGCGGCUUUCGGAGGAGCCGGUAUGUCACGAAGACGUGGUCCGCCUGUGCCCCAAACACACCUGGCAGAACAACUUCGCGGUGCUGGAGUGUCUGCAGGACGUGCGGGAGGUAGAUGAUGAAAUUUCUUCUGACUGUAACCAUCUAUUGUGGAAUUACAAAUUUAAUCUAACUACAGACCCUAAAUUUGAGGCUGCAGCAGGGGAAGUUUGCAGAAUCACUCUGAGUGAAGUGAAGGAGUGUGCUGAUCAGGAACCGGGGAAAGGCUACGUCAUCUCCUGUUUGAUUGAGCAUCGUGCAAACAUUACUGAAUACCAGUGCCGCCAGUUCAUAACCAAAAUGACAGCCAUAAUUUUCAGUGACUACCAGCUCAUCUGUGGUUUCAUGGACAGCUGCAAGAAUGAUAUCAACCAGCUCAAGUGUGGCAGCAUUCGGCCUGGCGAGAAGGAUGUGCAUUCACAGGGGGAAGUGGUCUCCUGUUUGGAAAAGGCUUUGGUGAGUGAAGACAAGACGAUUUCUGACAAUUGUAAGAAGGCCAUCCUGCGUGUAGCAGAACUCUCUUCAGAUGAUUUCCACCUCGACAGACACCUGUACUUUUCCUGCAGAGAUGACCGAGAACGCUUCUGUGAAGAUAUUCAGGGUGGAGAGGGCCGUGUGUACAAAUGCCUUUUCAAUCACAAGUUCGAAGAAGCCAUGAGUGAUAAGUGUCGCGAGGCUCUCACAACUCGACAGAAACUGAUUGUACAGGAUUACAAAGUGAGUUACUCACUGGCCAAGGCAUGUAAAAAUGAUCUCCGGAAGUAUCGAUGCAAUGCAGAGAACUUGCCUCGUGCUCGUGAGGCUCGACUUUCCUACUUGUUGCUCUGUUUGGAAUCUUCAGUGCAUCGAGGUCGACAAGUGAGUGGCGAGUGCCAAGGAGAGAUGUUGGAUUAUCGUAGAAUGCUAAUGGAAGAUUUCUCACUAAGCCCUGAAAUUGUCCUCAAUUGUCGAAGUGAGAUCGAACUCCAUUGUUCAGGCCUGCAUCGGAAGGGCCGAACGCUACAUUGCUUGAUGAGAAUGGGUCGCGGUGAUAAGGGCAACCUGGGGCAGAACUGCCAGCAGUCACUUCAAUCCCUAAUUCAAGAAACAGACCCUGGUGCAGACUAUCGUAUCGAUCGAGCACUGAAUGAAGCCUGUGAAUCUGUCAUCCAAACAGCCUGUAAACACAUCCGCAAUGGAGAUCCAAUGAUCCUGUCGUGUCUGAUGGAACACCUAUACACAGAAAAGAUGGUGGAGGAGUGUGAACAUCGCCUGCUUGAGCUGCAGUACUUCAUCUCCCGCGAUUGGAAACUUGAUCCUGUUCUUUAUCGCAAGUGCCAAGGUGAUGCUUCCAGACUUUGCCACACCCAAGGCUGGAAUCAAACUAGUGAGAUGCUGCCACCUGGAGCAGUGUUUUCUUGCCUAUAUCGUCAUGCGUAUCGCACAGAAGAACAAGGACGAAGGUUAUCCCGAGACUGUCGAGCCGAGAUUCAGCGGAUUCUUCAUCAACGAGCCUUGGACGUGAAAUUGGAGCCUGCAUUGCAAGAACGUUGCAUCAUAGAUCUCGGGAAAUGGUGCAGUGAAAAGACUGAUCCUGGGCAGGAACUGGAGUGUCUCCAAGAUCAUCUUGAUGAUUUAGCAGUGGAUUGUCGGGAUAUUGUGGGUAAUCUGACAGAGCUGGAGUCAGAGGAUAUUCAGAUUGAAGCCUUACUCAUGAGAGCCUGUGAUCCUGUCAUUCAGACAUACUGUCAUGAGUUAGCAGACAAUCAGAUUGAUAGUGGAGACCUGAUGGAAUGCUUGGUUCAAAAUAAACAUCAGAAAGAGAUGAAUGAGAAGUGUGUCGUUGGUGUCACACACUUCCAGUUGAUCCAGAUGAAAGAUUUCCGCUUUUCCUACAAAUUUAAAAUGGCAUGUAAAGAAGAUGUGUUGAAACUGUGUCCGAACAUCAAGAAGAAGGUGGAUGUUGUCAUCUGUCUGAGUACCACAGUUCGGAAUGACACUCUUCAGGAUAACAAGGAACAGCGUGUCUCUAUAAAAUGUCGGAAACAGCUGCGUGUAGAGGAACUGGAAAUGACUGAGGACAUCCGUUUGGACCCUGAUCUCUAUGUGUCUUGCAGAACAGACAUUGAAAAACAUUGUCAAAAUGUGCCAUUUGGAAAUGCGCAGGUUGUCGAAUGUCUCAAAGAUCUUAAGAAAGUUCUGACCACCCGCUGUCAUGACAAAAUCUUCAAACUGCAAGAGUCAGAAAUGAGUGAUCCUGAACUGGACUAUACCCUCAUGAGAGUCUGCAAGCAGAUGAUUAAGCGUUACUGUGCUGAUGCUGACUCAAAGUACGUGUUGCAGUGCUUGAAGCAGAAUAAGAAUGCCGAAUUGAUGGAUCCUAAAUGCAAACAGAUGAUUACCAAGCGACAGAUUACACAAAACACAGAUUACCGUUUAAAUCCUGUUCUGAGGAAAGCCUGUAAGGCUGACAUUCCCAAGUUCUGCCAGUCUGUUUUGAAUAAUGUCAAGGAUGGCAAAGAGCUGGAGGGUCAGGUUGUCUCCUGUCUGAAACUGAAAUAUGCUGACCAGGUACUGACAGGACAGCGUUUAUCUUCUGACUGCGAAGAUCAGAUCCGUGUGAUUAUUCAGGAGUCGGCCCUGGAUUACAGGCUGGAUCCUCAGCUGCAGAUACACUGCACUAAAGAGAUUAACACUUUGUGCGCAGAGGAGGCAGCAGCACAGGAGCAAACUGGGCAGGUCGAGGAAUGUCUGAAAAUCAAUCUGCUGAAGAUUACGGCUGAACCUUGCAAAAAGGAAGUCUUGAAUAUGCUGCAAGAAAGUAAGGCAGACAUCUUUGUGGACCCAGUGCUCCAUGCAGCCUGUGGCCUUGAUAUCAAACACCAGUGUGCUUCAAUUCAACCUGGCAAAGGACGCCAAAUGUCAUGUUUGUUGGAGGCACUGGAAGAUAAAACUGUGAGAUUACAACCAGACUGUAAGAAGAGACUACAAGAUCGUUUAGAAAUGUGGAGUUAUGCAGCCAGGGUUGCUCCGGCUGAGGGAUUUGCAGACUUAGCCUAUCAAGUUAUGGCCUCUCCAUCCAAAAAUUAUCUUAUGGGCUUGUUGGCACUGGGAGUGUGCAUCCUAUUUCUACUGGGUAUGACCUGUGGCAGGAUCACCAAACGAGUGACACGGGAACUGAAGGAUAGGUAGAGCAUGGCCCAAGCCUGCCUUUGUACAGCCUCUGUAUAGUCUCCUCAAAUAAGAGCAGCAGACACAGUCCAAUCCUUCACAUUUUCUCUCUGUUCUGCACAGAUUUUACCUGCAAAACAAACAUGCGAGCCAACAGCUGCUGCCUUUGUUCCAGCCAGACUCCUCUCUUUAGUUUCCUGUAGACUUGGUUCCCAUUGUGUAUCUGAAUCAUGUUCACCCAGAUCAAACAAGUCUUACUAGUAGCAGUCUCAUCCAACAGAGAUCCUCACCUGUAGGAAAGGUAUCUGCCACAAAUGGAACAAUUCCAAAGAACUAUCAGUUCAUAUAGCUUGUAGGAUACUUUCGAUACAGUCUGCUUUAGCUUCUUGAUGUAUUCCUUUUUGAUGUUUGUACAAAACUUAUUGGUCUUGCUUUUUAUUUGAAGAGUUGUAUUUUCACAUUUUUGGUGAUGCUGAGGAGGUGGAGAAGAAAAGCUAGCUCCUUUUCCAUCCAUUGUAGUCCACCUUGGAAAUUCAGUGCUGAGUAUUGGUGGCUUAAAAGGACCUAUCUCUGCAGUUUGAGAGAAUUGAGCUACCCUCUAAGAUGCCGAGAGGUAUUGAACUGAACAUAAUUUGCUGUGUAUUUGAGAUAUUUGGCAUUAUGUGAAAUUGUGAUAGCCAUUCACAUGUCCUGUGUUUUGAUGGUUGACGGGUGGUAGGCUACCUGUCCUAUGGCUUCACUUUAUGGGUUGAUGACUCUCACUCUGAUGUCUUUUUUUCCCUUUGUUUCUCACUUGAAGUAUGUCAGGGGGCUGUCCACAAAAUGCGAAACCGAAUCUCUAAGACAGUUUAUCCUGCAAAUGCAUAAAAGAUAUAUCACUUCUGAUGUCCUUGGUGAGGCUAGGAACUGACCUUUUUCUGAACUAAGCCAUGGUUCACGAAGAUGUACAUGUAUUUCUCUACAUUUGUGCACUUUUAUUUCACAGCUGCUUUCUGCUUACGGUACUCUGGGAAAAGUUUGAUUAGUAGGAAAUAAGGCAGCUGGAAAUUGUUGAGUUGAAUUUUAGGAGAAUGAGGUAAUUUCAUAUAAUUGUAUAACUUAAUUGUGCAGUCACGUUGGUACAUGCUAAGGUGGCACAGGGUGUACAGCAUUAAACAUUUGCACAGUGGUGUAUUGUAAGAAAUACACUGAUUUGGUCUAGAAAUACUUUGAGAGAAUAAACUUCUGUGGCAGUAUGUUUGCUCAUUUUAAAUAGUGUAUUCAAGCAAUUGCCAGAAUCUACUCUUUUGAAGUAUCUUUUUUCAAGCUGCAAAUGUCAUUAAUGCAGGUUAGUUUGCACAAGUUGUUUUAAUCAGCCUCAGUCAUCAACAGGAUCUCUGUUGGAUGUGCUUAGGAUGCUACCAGUGAUAACACCAUUUCACUAAACUGUGUUGUAAAUCCCAUUGGCCAUUGUUCUCUUGACAAAUUGCUUCUGAAUAACAAUCUAAUCAGGAAAUGUACAUUUUAAAUACUGAUCUCUUGACUGCUAACAGAAGUAUCAUGCACAUUUUAUUUUCUCCUUGAAUCUUCAGCCUUAUUUAUUGUUUACUAAUAAAUUCUAGUAGGGUCACAGCCUGUAAUUGUUGACUCUUUUCUGUUGCCUUCUGUUUUAAGUUCUCGUGUGGAUUUGCCUGGUUACUUUGGUGACUGCCAUCAUGGUGAGGGGGUGGCCUGCAUGUUGCAGACUUGAGAUGAUCUGUUUUUUUUAAUUUCCUUUGUAUUAGGGGUGUUUAAAAUUUUUUAAUACAGAAUAUCUGUAGUGAAAUUGUGUACAGUGAGACUCUUUGGCAUCGCCCUGAGUGUUGUACAGACAAGAUGCCAAAAGUCGUGCGUUGUACUGCUAUAGGUGUUGAUGUCACUUUGAAGUAAAAUUUACAAACUGUCAGGUUUUGUAAAUUUUUUGUGUAUAAAAUCCGCUUCAUGAACGUACAAGAUACUUGUUCCCGAUCAUGCUGUGUAAUUCAAAAUGUUAAUGAAAUCCUAACAUACAGGCUCAUUAUUCUGUACAGAAGAAAUGGCAGAAUUUAUUAAUAAAAUGGUCUGCAGGUUUUUAAA